AGGAUGGCGUAAAAUCGCCGUCGUACAGCUUGUUCAUAUAUAUAUUGAAAUUUGAAGAGAAUACAGAGAAUAUAGUAGUAAUAUAGACAAACCAUAACAAUGGCUUUCAGGAAAGAAGUGUGCAGAAACUUUCAGCGUGGAAGCUGCCAAUACGGUGAAAGAUGUAAAUUUCUACAUGUGAAUAAUCAGCAACAGCAAUCCAAUAACAAUUCGUUUGGGUUCGGGUCGCAGCAGAAGCAACAGAACCAGUCUUCUAGUCCCUUUGGAUUUGGCACUCAAUCAAAAUCUUCCACCAAGCCUUUUGAAAAUAAAUGGACCCGUUUCUCUCCCAUUUCGAAUGCUGCUGCUACUCCCUCAUCAAGACAACCUGAUAAUCAGCCCCAGCCGGCUAAUCACAAGUGCACGGAUCCUGACUCCUGCAAACGUCAGAUUGCUGAAGAUUUUCAGAACGAGAAGCCACUUUGGAAGCUUACAUGCUACGGACACUCUAAAAAUGGCCCUUGUGACAUUGGUGGCGAUGUCAGUUAUGAAGAAUUGCGGGCUCUUGCUUAUGAUGAAGCUAAGCAUGGAUUGACUUUGCAAUCAAUUGUUGAAAGAGAGAGAAAUUUACUAAGUUCCAAGUUGAUCGAGUUUGAGAACCUGCUUCGUAAUCCUUAUGCAGCACCUCCAAAGUCAGCUUUCAGCCAGAGUCCAUUCCCUGGAGUAACUCCCAAUGCAAUAUUGCCUAGCGGGCAAAAUAAUCCCCCGCCUUCGGUAUCCAGCUUCAGUCAACUGGGCGCAUCACUUAAUAUGGCAACUCGAACAAGGCCUUCAACAUCAUCAAACAAUGCUUUUGGGCAACCAAACUUCUCAAAUUCUAGCCAGGCUUCCAGUCCAUUUGGAACAAGGUCCUCUGUAUUGUCAAAUAAUAUCUUUGGCCAACCAAAUGGAUUCUCUAAUUCAAGCCAAACUUCGAGUAUAUUUGGGAAGAACAAUCUCACACCUGCAAAUCCUGGUUCAGUUAACAGCCAACUUCCUGGCCAGGCAUCUAGAGAUUUCUUUUCCUCACAUACAGCAGGCUUCAGCAGCAGUAAUGUAAUAAGCAAUCAUAGUAAUCCAUUUCCAUCUUCAGCAAUGUCGACACAGAUCACCCAUUCACCUGGUCCCCAGCCUCUCAUCACUUCUGGUGCACUUAACUCAGCUUCUAAUGCAGCUGGGCAAGCUGCUAAACAGAUUCAAUCAGUAAAUGACGUGCAAAGAGGGACCAUUCCGGUGGAUGCAAGUAUUUGGUUAAAAGAAACCUGGACACGCGGAGAGAUUCCAGAAGAGGCACCUCCAGAUGAAUAUAUUUGACUUGUGGAAUUCCUUUUCCCUGACAUGUAAAUCACCAGGGUGGUUAAAGAUUUGAGAAGCUGUUUAAGCUCCCAUUCUAUUUCUUGUGAGAAGGGAGCCAUUGUUGUGAGAUGAGAGAUUCAGUCGGUUGUAAUCUUCCUGCAUGUUUAGGAUGGGAUAGUCAACAUAUGGAGAACUUUUUGCAUACGUCAGUAUAAAGAAGAAGCAAUUUCCUAAUAUGGAAGUUAUGGUUUAUGGUGUACUGGAAAUGUGAAGGGUAAUGUAAGUGACUUCGACCAGAUCCCUUGCCAGUAGAGUUGUUCUUCUAUUGCACUUUAAAAAGGAAUUAUGUUGGUUCAAAUUUUCCAUUAAUGAAAAUCAAUCAUUUUAUCUGUUAA